CAUUCGUUUCCAUUCUCACCCUGACCAUCCAACCGAAGAAGACGCAUCACGCAAAUCGCCGCCGCCAGCGCUAGAAAAGGAAGAAGUUUGGUAACAUUUUUAUUCGUGGCGACGUUUGCAAUCGAGCGCUAAGUGCGUGCGGACGUGCAAGGAAAAACCAUCUACACGGAGUGAGUCACACUCGGACCCGGAAACACGAUGACUACCACCCAGGAUGCUGGCUCGCUGGACAAUCUGCACCUGGCGCCGCUGCGUACGCUGAGCGAUUUUCUGCUCGAGUCGGCCCGCUUCCAGGUGCCCAACUUCCAGGAUUGGGAGAAAUGGGGCAAGCGGGUCGUGAACAAUCUGCUCUACUACCAGACCAACUACUUCCUGAUGAGUGCGGCCGUCUUUCUGCUGGUCGGUCUGCUCCACCCGAUGAAGGUGCUCCUCGGCCUAACGGUGGUCGUAGCCCUGGUGUAUGUGUUUGUGCGGUUCUUCGCGCAGGAUGCACGCCGCUCCGUGGGGGCCGACCCGAACCAGCUGCCGAACAAGUGGGCCGUUCUGGCAGGCACACUCGUUGGCAGCUAUCUCGUGCUGUAUCUGUUCGAUUCCGUGCUCAUUGUGGCGUUCGCCAUACUGCUUCCGUUCACGUUGACCUUCGUGCACGCAUCGUUCCGGCUGCGAAACAUCAAGAACAAGAUCACAAACGCUGUGGAAAUCGUUGGCGUCAAACAGUCACCGAUGGGACAGUUUCUGGAGGCAAUGGGCCUGAUGCCGACGGCAUUCUAAACGAUGGCCCGCCUGCGGAAGACGAUGCAUUUUUCUGUUUGUCCCUGACGUGGAGCAGCUGCUCUGUAGCUGUUGCGUGACCAUGUGACCAUGGCCUCGUUGCGCACCCCUAGCAUCCCCGCCCGUGUGAUGUUUUUAGGUUUCGUCACGGAAUUUGCUAUUUAACCAUUGUUUUUUUUUUGCACUGAUGGCCCGGAGCUGGCAGGAGAUUUGUUUUAGCGUUUACACAAAUCACAGUCGCGAUACAGUAAGAAUUAAUAGUGGAGUGUUAAGGGAGAUAGUGAACAGCGGGGAAAAACUAACCGAAAUUCUUCUAAUUGCGUCCAUCGUUCUGUAAAGCUGCUAGUCAAUGGCCGAAGAUAACUGUUUCCUUCAAAUCAAUAAACGGAAGUUUAG